ACGAGCGUGAGGAAGACAUGAGAGUAGUGACGGAUGUGGAUUACUCACUUGGUGCUGUAUUAUAAGCACUUCUACCCGAUCAUGACGUCAGACGAUCGAUCCUCGGUUAGUCGGUCCGCGCCGGGUCAGCAGAUGUCAGCGGGCGUUAGUAGUCCGACUCGGUGCCCGACGUCGAGUACCAAUUAACUAUUACUCAAUGUGUAAAACAGUAAUCGUAACCGGGGCUUCCUCAGGUAUCGGACGACAAUCCGCAAUUUCCUUGUCCAAGGCUGGCUGGAACGUCGUCCUGACGGCUAGACGCGAGGAGGCUCUCCAGGAAUCAGUAAACUUAUGCGUCCAUCCCGAGAACAGUCUUGUCCUUGCGGGAGACGUCACCAAUGAAGAUUUCGUCAAGGAACUCUUCGCCAAAGCAGUGGAGAGAUUUGGUCGAUUGGAUCUGCUUUUUAAUAAUGCUGGGACAAACGCCCUCCAAGUCCCAAUCGAAGAAUUAUCCCUAGACACAUUUCAACGAGUGAUAAACGUCAACCUAACUGGUCCAUUCCUUUGUACCCGCGAAGCAUUCAAGAUUUUCAAGAGCCAGACCCCUCCCGGCGGCCGUAUCAUCAACAACGGUUCCCUCUCAGCCCAUGUGCCCAGGCCUUUCUCCUUCCCGUACACGGCCUCGAAGCAUGCCAUUACCGGUCUCACAAAGUGCACAUCUCUCGACGGUCGCCCCUUCAAUAUAUCAUGCACACAAAUUGACAUUGGCAAUGCUCAAACGGAUAUGGCCGCAAGGCUUUCCAAGGGAGCUCUCCAGCCCGAUGGUAGAGUAAUACCAGAGGCCAUGAUUGACGUCCAACAUAUCGCCGAUAUCAUUGUUCACAUCGCUAGUCUACCCAACGACGUGACUGUCCUCGACAUGAACGUCAUGCCAACACAUGCGCCAUUCGUCGGGCGAGGGUGAUAACACAGAUAGAUUCUAUUUGCUAUACCAGAUAACGAUACCAUCUGCGUAUAUUGUAGUUCUAUGCAAACAAUAUAAGGACCCGAUGGAUGAUAAAUGUAAAUACGC